UCAAUUCCUCAUAAGUCAAUGAUAUCCUUGUAUGUGUGCAAUACUUUGAAAUAUCUCUUGCAGACACAGGUAGAUGCGGGAUUAUUCUCUGAUUUAAUUCAGUCAGUUUUGUCCAAGGGAAUUGGUGAUCGCCAUUCCAUGGUUUAUGAUACUGGGGAUUUCUUAUGUGAGUGGAGACCAUUGAAAAGUUUGUUGUACUUCUCAAAAAAUGCAUUGUGUCAACAACCUCAGUACAUCCUUUCAAUUGACAAAACUGCCAUUGCUACUGAUUGUUCUUUUGCAAAGACACUUGAUGAGGUGAAAAAAACUAUUAGAAAUGAGCAUGGUGGUGAACUGGCUGGAAUAGUUAAAGGCUUUUAUUCUGCCAUUGCUAUGUGCUACACCAGAGGAUCUAUUAAAGAAUUUUCCUUUGGUUAGGACUUUCUCUGAAGCUUGGAGUAGCUCUCCCUCUAUUGUCAUCAAUAAUAUUUAGUGAGCAAAAUUUUCUUGUUGGUCUUUCUAAUUUAUGGCCUGAAGUAUUUUUCCCUGGUUUGGAAUUGGCUAUGAUAAUGAUCCAUCAAAAAGGCAACGGUGAUGUUGAAGGAAUGCCCUCUGACAUUGAUUUUGAUACAAUAGAAUCAGCUGCGACAGCAUUUAGUUUGUUUUUGAAGCAGAUUCCCUUUCAUGUGCUAUUUUCUGCAGUUAUAAGUAUUGAUACUCUUUAUUUAUCCGAGGACUCCAAAAUUCAGGACUUGCUUUUGGCAAUAAGGUCAGAAUGCACUAGUGAUUAUGUCAUUUCCUGUCUGCACAUUGUAUUAUUUUGGUUUUAUCAUGUACGAUUCUUUUAUAGGAAUAAACAGUUAAAUGAACUGGAACGACUUUCUGAUACAUGUUUGAUUCUUGUAAAGAACAUGUUUUCUCGACUAUUGACUUUAAAGCCUGAGUUUGAAUGUUCAACAGAUAGUGAGGUUCUUUUGUCAGCAGAAACAAUAAGAGAAGUAUCAAAAACCAUCUUAUGUCAUCCUGAAGUGAUGUCAUCACUGAAUUGUCCUAUGAGUUGGAAUAAGGAGGUUAGUCAGAUGACAACAGGACUCGUAUGGAAUGAUUUAGAUACUUUUUUGAGUUUAUAUAGGCAAAGGCUUCAUAAAUUGGAUCAUCAAAUUCUGGAUCUGUUGACUGCCACUUUGGACUACUACUUGUCUGUUUCCAAAAGCCAUUAUUCUGUCAUUGAAGAUGGAGCAAAAAGGAAAUUUCAAAGGGCUUUCAGUUCCUUGGUACAAGGGCUGUUUAUGGACUUAAGGAACAGGUUUGAUUUGUGUAUUGCUAGUGGAUAUUCAUUGCCACUUUUCUCAUAAUUUUGUGCUGUACAUGCUCUGAUUCAAUCUAUAUCACCUUUUGAGCUUCUUGAAUUGGGGCAUUGGAUGUUUAGUAGAAUUGAUGUGAAUGAACUGACAGUUGAAAAUGAUCAUGUAAUGUCAGCUCUCUGUGUUGGUUUUUCAAUUGUUGGUGGUGCUUUUGAAGUUCUCUCUGCUUAUUUUCAGCAGCCUCUAAUAAAGGGAGUACCAUUUGAUUUCUUAUGGGAAGUGGAAGAUAAGACUUUUGAUGUUAAUCUUUUGGAGGAUAUCUAUGUUAAAGUUUGUAAACUUGCCUGUAAUUUCAAUUUGGAUUUUGCUGAUUCGUGUUUACUCAGAUUUGUUAGUGCUGUGUAUAGGCAAAAAAACAUGCAUAAUCAUGAACUGCAUCCGUCAAGUGUAGCAAUGUCAAGGGUUAUAAUCAGCACUCCUGUAGAAAUGGUUGCUCACUGCAUUUGUAGGACUAGCAUUGUGAAAGCUAAAUUGUUGCAUCUUCUUAUUGAGAUGAGUCCCCUGCAUUUGUCUAUCUUUGGGAAAUUAUUUUUAAGCAUCUUAAACAAAAAUUUUCAGUCCAAUGGCAUUUUGAUUGAAGAAUUCUCUAGCUAUGCCCUUUCAUAUCAGGAUUAUAUGAUGCUACUUCCGGCUGCUUUAUCAUUGCUAAAUUCAGCUUUUGUGAAAUUUGAGAAGCAUUUUUUCCAGCACUUUAAAACUAUACCAUCUUUUUAUUCGAGGAUGUUGUUGGAUGGUUUCAUGCAUUGGAAGAGUUUUGUGUCCGGAGAUAUAUUUCAGGAGGAGUACAACGAGACCUUACCAUCUUCUUCUGAAGAACUUUUUAAUCUGGUUGAUGGAAGUCUUCUUGGGAAAUCAAUUCAUAUGCUAAGAUAUCACUUUUUCUUAGCUGGAGAUUAUGUGAAACUGAAAAAGCGAUUGGAGCUUUUUAAUUCCAUUUUUGCAUAUUCUGUUACACAUGGAGAACUGAUUGAUUGCGAUGUUGAAAUGGAUUUUAAUUCAGUUAACAAGUCAAUGAAUCAUAUUAAUGAAGUUAUUGCCAAAAUAUCAUUCUGCAGGAUGCUGUUAUUUCCAGAAGAUGAUAAAGUUCUGUUUAUGGCCAAAGAAGCGGGUGAAGGCUUGAAAGAAGCCUCAGUAAUACCAGUGUCUAAUAAAGUGGACUCAGCAAGAAUGCAUUUUAUGAAUGCUUUAGUGGGUGCAUGGAAAUGGAUGGUUAAGAAAUUACCUUUAGUUCCUGGGCAUUCGACAUCAAUAUUAGCAAGUAAUGGGGAUUGCCAAGGCUUGUACAGAUGUUCAGAAGCUUUCAUCUUGAGAAAUAUUCUUCAACUGACCAGAAAAAUGCAUAGCCAUCUAAUUCAAUUGCAAUCUAUUCCUUUUGUGGAGCAGUUGAUGAGAUCCACUCUCCUCCACAGAUUUGAAGAUCCCAAUACACUGAGAAUUCUAAGAAGCAUUCUUUUAUCGCUGUCAGAGGGAAAUUUUUCGCGUGUUCUAUGCCUUCAAAUGUUGCUUGGUCACUCUCAGUUUGGCCCAAUGAUUCACUAUCUCUCUAAACCAUCUGUCUCAGAGAUUGGUACAUUUUUCAGGCCUAUGUCCAGUAUUCUAAGGUUGCUUGUUAUCCCUCAUAUCCCUUCAGAUAUGGCAGAUGGCAAGGAUGACCAGGAAGCAACUGAAAUGUGUAAGAAACAGUUAGAAAUUCUUAAGUUACUUAGAAUACUCCUUCAGUCUGGCACUAAUCAGUAUGGUUUUGAUUCUGGAAAUGAUAAUGGCAUAAACCUUAAAGAAUUGCAUUUGUUGCUUUUAUCUUCUUAUGGUGCAACUCUUAGUGAAAUUGACUUGGAGAUAAACAGUUGAUGAAUGCGAUUGAGUCUAUACAUUCGUCGGGAGGAUCUGAAUAUAUUAAAGAAAUGGAUUACCUUUGGGGCACGGCUGCAACGAAAGUAAAAAAAGAACACAUGCUGGAGCACGGUGCUUCUACUGAUGUCAUGAAUGAUACUGAAACAGUUCAAGACGGUAGAAAAAAUAAGUACAGGGAGAAUAUUAUGGUUGACCCAAAAGUAUGUGCUGCAACAGUGUUGCACUUCCCUUAUGAUAGAACUAGUAAAGAGCAUUUAUCCUUGAACAAGUCUCUAACUGAUAAUCAUAUGGAUAUGAUUGAGCCAUGUUCUCUUGGUGCUGGAAAAAAUUUGCUAUAUGAUCCUGUUUUUAUCAUGCACUUUUCAAUUCAUAGCUUAUCAGCAGGCUAUAUUGAACCAGUUGAGUUCACUGGUCUAGGCUUGCUAGCUGUCGCAUUUGCUAGUAUGUCUUCUCGUGAUGUUGGGAUUCGAAAAUUGGCAAAUGAAGUUCUAUAAAGAUUCAAGAUUUCACUGGAGGGGUGUCAGAAGAAAAAAGAUGUUAUGCGACUUCGCCUGUUGUUGAUUUAUAUUCAAAAUGGAAUAGAAGAGCCAUGGCAAAGAAUUCCUUCUGUUGUAGCCCUCUUUGCUGCAGAGAUGUCCAUGAUUUUGUUGGACACUUUGCAUGAGCAUUAUUCAACCUUAAAUAAGCUUUUGAUGAACACAUCUAGGGUGAAUAUGAAGCAAAUACCCCUGUUCCAUGAUUUUUUCCAUAGCAAUGCUGUUAACUAUAGGGCGCAGGCUCUAGAUACUUCGGCUAGCCUAUGCUGGGCUUAAUUUAGAGGAUGCUCGGUUGUAUAUCAAGAGCUCUAUUCUAGAGACUUUAAUGAGUUUUUAUGUUUCCCCUCUUUCAGAUGUCGAGUCCAAAACAAUAAUUCUUCAGAUAUUGAAAAAGUCUGUGCAGUUGCAUAAAACGGCACAUUAUCUGGUUGAACGCUGCAGUCUGUUUCCAUGGUUGUCAUCUAUUCUCUCAACCUAUAGCAGUGUGCUACUUAGAGAUGAAAAAAAAUGUUUCUCAACUGAGUUGGCUGUGGUUAUAGAGAUUGUCAGAGUGGUCAUAUCAUCAAACAAUAUCGCUGAAUGGUUGCAAAGCUGCGCCCUUGAACAGCUUAUGUUACUUACAUCUCAUCUAUAUAAGCUUCUAGUCAGUGGCAAGAAGUUGAUAAAUGAAAACUCCGCUUUCAAGAUUAUCAUAUCAACUUUAAAGAUUUCCCAGAAAAGGAAAAUCUACCAACCUCAUUUUACCCUAUCACAAGAGGAUUUAUUCCAAAUCUACGUAGCUGUUAGUGAAGAUGACAUUGGAAGAUGUGCGAAUGCCAAGCUCGCGCUUGAAGCAAUACUUUUGAGCGGACCUUCUCUUGACAUUUUCUGCAUGAAUCAAGAGAAGCUCUCAAGUUUUCUGAUUUGGGCUACUUCUAUAGCUUUGAAUUCCAACCCUAGAAAUGCAUUUCAGUGGGAAGAAGCUGGUCUCCAUGUUCCACUUGUCUCGAGGGAAGCAUCACAAGAGGAGUCCUUCACAUCGAAACUUUUACGCUGGCUGACCGCUUCUAUCAUUCAUGGGAAACUCUCUCGGAAUACUAACAGUUCAACCUCCAAACUUUCAGCUCAAUCUAACUUGAAAACUCUUCGGUCUCUGAUGGAAUAUGUGGCAAAGGAGGAUAAAGAAAACAACAAAAGAAGCUGUGACUUGGAUGAGAUGUUAGCAGCCCAAGUGUUUUAUCUCCAGCAGUCUCUUGGCAUAAAUUGUAGUGUUCUUGCAUCUGCUGUCUCUGCGCUCAGUCUCCUACUCCUUUCUGAUGAUUCCAAAUUCACAGGAUCGGAUUUCAUGCGCAGCUUUAGGACGUCGGUGAUGACGCUAUGUUCGAAGAUACGCUGCCCUCCCGAGCUUAAUCCAGCUUGGAUAUGGUCAUUUGAGGAGCCAUGGGAGGAUGAUUCAUGUCAACUCACCGAGUUGGCGAGGAUUGAUGAGCUUCGUGCCUGCCAAUCAUUGUUAUUGACUCUCUCCAAUGUGCUUCAGAGGAGGCCUUCAAAAUUUCAGGGCUUAUCACUGCAUCUGCAUGAUGUGGACAACUCUGGUGUAUUUAAUUGGGAAACGGGUAUUUUGACUUCUCAGUUGAAUUAAUGAAACUGAUUACC